GGCCUGCUUGACUGCGAUCGACCCGCCAUGCCCAUUACACUUGAAGGAAGCUGCCAUUGCGGUACUGUGCGAUUUACGGUAGAAAGCAGCACCCCUGUCCCAUAUCAGCUAUGUCUAUGUUCCAUCUGCCGCAAAGUAGGCGGUGUUGGCGGCUCGAUCAAUCUUGGUGCGCACUCCAAAACCUUGAUUAUCAUCCAAGGUAAAGAACAUAUCGGAGUGUAUAAGGCUGUGAUGGACAGGGAUACUCCAGAAGAGCACAUCGCCAUUUCUGAGCGCAAUUUUUGCACGAAGUGCUCUUCCAUGCUCUGGCUUUAUGACGAAACCUGGCCUGAACUAUUGCAUCCAUUUGCAUCGGUUAUUGACUCCCCAGAGCUAGAUGUGCCUGAUGAGCUUGUUGUUGUUAAAACGAACUCAAAGCCUAACUACGUGCGCCUUCCAGAGGGAAGGAAGGAGGUGUUUGAGGAUUAUUCCAGUGAUUCGAUUGAGAGCUGGCACAAGAAGCACAAGAAGUAUGUGAAGUGAAAUACUGACUUUGUUAGAAGCAUGAAAGAGCGGAUGGAAUUCUAUGUACGCUCAAACCUUGGAAGGAGAUUACCGACCAAUUGGCCAGACAAUUGUAUACCUUCAGUAGCCCUGUAUUAUGAACAUCAACCAGUAAUUGGGCAGAGCGCCAGUCGUGAU